CACUAAUUUAAGAAUGAAGUUAUCAUUGACCAUCAACAAUUUCAAUUUCAUAUCGUCACCAAAAUAUCUAAUAAAUCAUUCAAACCAUCUCACAAAAGAUAUCAUAUUCUUUAAUUCAAAUUUAAAGUUACGGUGUCAAGUGUCAACCGAUAGUAGACAACGUAAAGUCGACAACAAGGUUGGAAUAAGAAGAGGAAGCAUAUAUAAAAUCAGGGGUAAAUGCCAAGUUUAGUCACUGGGUUUACUAAAACGUGUCAUGUUUAGUCACUGAAAAAAGUUAAUAUCAAUUUUGGUCACUCGAAUUAGUAAAACGGUCCACGUUUAGUCACUCUCUGUUAACUUUAUCUUAUGUGGCAGUCAAUACUAACAAUUGACCGUCAAAUGUCUGACGUGACAAUUAAAAAAUUAAUAAAAAAAUAAAUUUAAUUCUUUUAUUAUUUCCACAUUGAUAGACCGUUAAUUGCACAUGUUUUUACCCCUAUUAUUGAGCCGUUUGAGAUGUUGAUUCUCGUGUUUUAGGCCGAUUUCACGCUAGGUUGUUCUUGUUUGUGAUAUUUCAGGUCCUAGAACGUGAAUGAAGGUUUAGGAAAGAGUUCGGGGUCGAUUGGACGAAGUUUGGACGUUUGGCGAGAAGCUGGGAAGCCACACGGGCACCAUUGCACCUCACACGGCCGUGUAGGGGCCCCUUGUGGCCGUGUGAAGGCUCGGUAAAAGCCACACGGGUAGCCUGGGGAGCCACACGGCCGUGUGGCCUCUGCCCGUGCAGCUUGCCUGGUUGCCCACUAAUCGAAACGCCGCGUUUGGACACUCACACGGGCAGCUGGGAAAGUCACACGGCCGUGUGGCCUGACCGUGUGAGUCGGGAAUUUAUGGUUUUAAGCCAAAUUUCGAGCCAAAGGAGAGGGAGAGCUGGGUUUUGGUUCCCAAACACCCAAGGGACGAACCCUAGAGAGGGAGAGCAACUUGGGAACAUUCUUGGAGCUAUUUUGGAGGAUUUCUUCAUCGUUGGAGCUCGGGAAUCAAGCUUGAAGAUGGAGAUUGAAGAUCUAGAUCAGAUUUCUGCAGUCUCUCUCUUCUCUAUGAAGUAACUUCCCUUCACUUAGGUUUUGAGGAACCCUAGUUCCAUGUGUUAGGAUCUUUCUUUUAUGAAGUUUUGGAUGCUAUAUUGUUUGAUUAUAAUCGAUUGAGGCUUGAUUUAUAGAGUCAAUUGAAGCCUGAUCAUCUUCUUUUGAUUUCUUCUUUAACCUAUGAUAGAUAGAAUCUGAUUAGGUUAAGAGAGCUUCCUUGAUUGAUAGUGGUGAAUUGGUUGUGCGAGAGUCAAUCAAUUCACUGCUUUGUACUGGAAUUCAUUCCAGUAGUGGAGAUCUGUGUGAAUCGCCUUAGCAGUCUGUCCCGGUGAAGGCUAGUCACCUGCCGGGUAUUCUGUCUAAGAGGGCUUGGUCAGCUUAAGAGAUUCCAAGCUAAUUUAGGAUCUUCCGCAGUUUAAUCAACAGUAGAUCAACCAAAAGUAAUUGCAACUUGGACCUAAUUGAGGAGCUAGGGGGAAUCAUACCUAAGUGAGUUCCCAACUUGUAAUUAGUAGAGUAGUUAGUAGAGUAGUUUAGUAAAUCAAUCCUUAAUCUAGUUUGCUAGAUAAUGAACUGAAGCUGAGCAAUAGUAACUCUAGAGACCCGUGGAUUCGAUAUUUAUUACUUGUACCACUAUACUGCAGUCCCUUUCAUUGGUUACACUUGGCCAUUGUUAGGUGUUGUGUCGUAGCGUGUCAAGUUUUUGGCGCCGUUGCCGGGGACUUUCUAGAUUAUUAGGAAAGGCAGAAGUUUGUUACUUUAGCGUUUUUCUUUCCACCCUUGCUUUUCACUUGGGUGUUUUCGUUUUUGUUGGUGCAGAUAUGAGUCAUGGAUCCUCAUGGUUUCUCCAACCAUUGGGGGUAUCCACCACCAUCCGAGUGGUAUUACCCCGAGACUCCCUGGAGCAAUCAAGGAGGAGAAGAUUAUGGAUUCGGAUUCCAGUACCAACCCCCUUACUACGGAGAAAAAUCAGACCCCUGGGCAUAUCAAGAACAAUCUCCUUAUCAAGAAGAAUUCCUCCCACAACAAGAAGGGCCAUCAGAUCUUGAGUUAGCCACAGCCUUCACGGGCCACUCUGCAGAGCCAUGCUACACUUCACUGGAAGAUCCGAACAAACAAUUAAGGCUUCUCAUGGAGCAGUUUGCUCGAGACACUGAGAGAUCAUGCUCCAAGAUGGAUCUUCAAAUCAAAGCCCUUGCCCCUUCCGAUCCCUCAUUUCUCCAUGAAAUGGAGGUGAGUAUUCAGCGCUCAGCGAAGCAAACAGAGUGGGUGGAGCAAGUUUGCUCACAUCUUGCUCAAGAUCACAUUUCUGCUACCACGCUAGAAGAGGUGGAGGAUGACAAAGGCUACGAGGAUGUUGAGGAGCAUACAAAAGUUAUCACAGAGAACUCCCAUGAUAAUCAUGAUCAGGAAAGUCCUCUGGUUGCAGAUCACACAUUUCCUUAUUUCUGCUCUAACAUGCUGGGCCCGAGCGAGGAAAUGCAAGAUGAUCUCAUUGAAGAAAUUACAUGGCGACUUGCUCUCCAAUCUGUGCUAGAAGAAGAAGAGCAAGAAAGGGUGCAGAAAGAAGUUGUGGAGGAUGACGAAAGUGAAGCAGAAGGAUUUCUUGAUCAUUUCCCAGGAGUGAUACCACAUGAACAAGGAAGGGAGGUUGAAGAAGCAAUUGGCGUCCAGGCCGAGGACGAAGUUGAGGUGGCUGAGGCCUGCACCGGCCAUGAGUUACAUGUGAUAUCUCCACCAAACUUGGAGGAGCUGCUUGGCAAUGACCCAUUUGCAGUGUGUCUUUGCCAAACCAAGGCCACGUCGACAUCGGUCCCUCUUGGUGGAAGCGAUGGUGGCCAAUCGAUGCUGUCAUAUCUAGUUUGGGGCAAUGAGACGAGAGAAGAGAAGAAGAGGUCUCGAGGGUGGAGACUUCAUCUGCAUCAAGUGCACGAGCUUCCAUCACCUGUCAUACCACAUGCUCGUGACUUGAGACUCCACCUCAUUGACGAGAACCUCAACUUCAAGGAGGUUUUGGGGUGGACCAAAAUUUAAGAGCCAUCGUCUGGCUCACGACGUGAAAGAAGCGCUUGUUGGGAGGCAACCCAACCAGUCGGUUUGCAUUUCUUUCUCUUUUUCUCCUCGGUUGAGUCAGUUUUGUUAUUUGAUUUUAGAGUCAAUAACUCAACCUUUGUGAG